GCUUGUGGACUCCCGGCCGGAAGCCUCCCGGGAGUGGGGACGUGUCUCUGCGCGGCCGGGCAGAGCGUGCGGCCGUCGCGAGCCGCUGCCAUGGCCUCGGCCAGUCUGGUGGAGAAGCUGCAGCUCCGCGUGCGGGAGCUGGAGGAGGCGCUGGCCAGGGAGCGGGGCGGCGGGCAGGGCCAGCGGGCUCGCAUCGAGAGGAUGAGCCCGGAGGUGACCGACUCCAACCCCUACAGCCGCCUGAUGGCAUUAAAACGAAUGGGAAUUGUGAAAGAUUAUGAGAAAAUCCGUACCUUUACGGUAGCAGUAGUAGGUGUUGGUGGAGUUGGCAGUGUGACUGCUGAAAUGUUGACAAGAUGUGGCAUUGGUAAGCUGCUACUGUUUGAUUAUGACAAGGUGGAGUUGGCGAACAUGAACAGGCUCUUCUUCCAACCUCAUCAAGCUGGACUAAGUAAAGUGCAGGCAGCGGAGCAUACUCUGAGGAAUAUUAAUCCUGAUGUUCAGUUUGAAGUACAUAACUACAAUAUCACAACAGUGGAUAACUUCCAACAUUUCAUGGACAGAAUAAGUUAUGGUGGGUUAGAAGAAGGGAAACCUGUUGAUCUUGUACUGAGCUGCGUGGACAACUUUGAAGCUCGUAUGGCAAUUAACACUGCCUGCAAUGAGCUUGGACAAACAUGGAUGGAAUCUGGAGUGAGUGAAAAUGCAGUCUCAGGACAUAUACAACUUAUCAUACCUGGUGAAUCUGCUUGUUUUGCGUGUGCUCCCCCACUUGUAGUUGCUGCCAAUAUUGAUGAAAAAACAUUAAAGCGAGAGGGAGUUUGUGCAGCCAGCCUUCCUACCACUAUGGGAGUAGUUGCAGGGAUUCUUGUACAAAAUGUUCUGAAGUUUUUAUUAAAUUUUGGUACUGUGAGUUACUAUCUUGGUUACAAUGCGAUGCAGGACUUCUUUCCAACUAUGGCCAUGAAACCAAACCCACACUGCAAUGACAAAAAUUGCAGGAAACAGCAGGAAGAAUACAAGGAAAAAAAGGCUGCACAACCAAAACAAGUAGUAGUUGAACAUGAAGAAGAAAUAGUUCAUGAAGACAAUGACUGGGGUAUUGAGCUGGUAUCAGAGGUUUCAGAAGAGGAACUGAAGGCUGCUUCUGGUCCACUUCCUGAUCUUCCAAAGGGAAUUACAGUAGCAUAUACCAUACCAAACAAGGAAGAGAAUAUUGUAGCUGGGGAAACAACAGUGGCAGAGUCUGAGGAAAGCCUAGAAGAACUCAUGGCCAAGAUGAAGAACAUGUAGGCAAAUGGAAUAUUGAAUUUAACAUUUGGGAUCUUGCACUAGAGCUGAAUCAAGAAAUAUCACAAGAAAUAAGGUCCUGUAAGAAAUUCCAGUCUUAAAACUUGAACUUUUGGUAAAACAGAACUAUAAAAACUUGGAGAUGGCAUCUCAUAACUGUAUUCUGCUGUCUAUCUAUAUACUGCUUUAAAAUACAAAGUUGUACUACUGUAAGUUUUCAUUUCUCAUCAUGGUAGGGUCCAAAUCUCUAGGGAAAAAUUAAAGAUAAUAGACAAACUGACACAAAAAGGUAAGCAUAGCACAUGAUGUGGAAUGAUAUUCCACAUGUUGGCAAAAUGGGGGAAAUUAAAGGUGGAGUAACCUUGUCUGAUAGAAUGGUUCAGGGGAUUGAUAAUGGAGUCUUUAACAUGUACGUUACCGCUUCAAAUGCAAACCAGAUUUGUGGUAGUUGUAAGCAUCCAGCCGGCUACUGUUCAAUGGGCUAUGUUGUCUAAGUUUGUAGUGUGGCUGUACCUGUUUUGUAGGUAAAUGGAAGGCUUCAAUCUUUUCAUAGGCCAUAAAUUUCACUAGAAAAAUUUUAAAGGGUUGAGUGAUUUGUCAGUUUGUGUCACAUCCCUAUUCUUUCAUAAAGAAGUAUUUGUGUA